AUGGAUCCUAACAACCCUGAUUUUUCUAAUCAUUUCUCUGAUUUGGGUGAUGAUUUUAUCGCUAAUCCUCGAUUUCAACUUUUCCUACAAAGACUUGGAAACACUUCUUUGCAAAAUUCACCACAACAAACACCUCAUCAAACUCCUUUCGAAAACACUACCUAUGAACCACAUUCACCUCUUGUUAAUCAAGGGAGCAAUUCUCAUUUUGAUGAUGAAAUGGAAGAAACUGUUUCAGACACUCCUCAAUACCCUCCACCUCCUCCAAGAGUGUCUGUCAAUCAAAACCAGUCACUUACAAAAUCAAGUCGAAUGUGGUCUAUUGCGGAGGAUGAAGCUCUAAUUGGUCUGUAUCUUCAAUUCAGUGAAGAUGCAAUUGUUGGUACAAACCAAAAAGCAGUUGUGCUAUGUUGCUAUGACGAAGCUGGAAGGGCAACUGGAAGUGGUUACAACGAAGCAGACCGAAUUAAUAAUGCAAGUAACUUAUUCUAUAUUUCCUCCAAGCCUACUCAACAUAAUUUUAAUUGUCACCAUGGUUGGGAAAUGGUUAAAAAUGACCCGAAGUGGAGGACAAAACUGAGAUGGGCGUUGUCAAGAGAGGAAAGAUUUGCUUGCGGUGAUGUUGUCGAAGAUGACAAUAGUGGAAGUGAAAAGCGGUGUAGAACUGAAGAUGAAGGUGUUGUUCCCGUUAUCGGUUUCUCUUCUGGAGGUCUUCCUCGACCUGAUGGCGUUAAAAAGGCAAAGUUCAGGCGUAAUAAGGGAAAAGGAGUGGCUUUUGAAGUUUCAAACAUUAGUGAGAAAAUGCAGCAAAAUAAUGCAAGUAGGGAAAUUGAGGCACAAAUGCGGUUGAAGAAGUUGGAUUUCGACAUGGAAAGGGAAAGGAGGAAGCAAAACAAGUCGAGCUUCACCAAAAACAAGUCGAAAUUCAAGAGAGAAGGCUCAACUAUGAAAUGCUGCAAGUUCUAA